UUAGGUCUUUCAGCAGCGAAACUGCUGACUGAGUCAGGUUUGAAUGUGGUGCUACUGGAAGCCAGUGACAGAGUCGGAGGAAGAACUUUCACACUAAGGAAUAAGCAAGUUAAAUAUGUGGACCUAGGCGGAGCCUAUGUGGGACCAACACAAAAUCGUCUUCUGCGGUUAUCUAAGGAACUAGGAAUAGAAACAUAUAAAGUGAAUGAAGUUGAGCACCUGAUACACCAUGUCAAGGGUAAAUCUUACCCUUUUAAAGGUCCGUUCCCACCUAUGUGGAAUCCUUUGGCCUAUCUGGACUACAACAACCUGUGGAGGACCAUGGACGAAAUGGGAAAGGAGAUUCCCAGUGAAGCUCCAUGGAAGGCUCCACAUGCAGAAGAAUGGGACAAAAUGACUAUGCAAGAUUUCAUAGAUAAAACUUGCUGGACAAAGGCUGCCAAGAAUUUUGCAACUCUAUUUGUGAAUGUAGAUGUCACUUCUGAACCCCAUGAGGUCUCUGCCCUUUGGUUUUUGUGGUACGUGAAGCAGUGCGGGGGGACAACCAGGAUAUUCUCCACUACCAACGGAGGGCAGGAAAGGAAAUUUGUUGGAGGUUCUGGCCAAAUUAGUGAGAAAAUAAUGGAGCGACUGGGAGACCGAGUAAAGCUAAGAAGACCAGUGAUUCGUAUUGACCAGUCAGGAGAAAAUGUCAUCGUGGAAACCUUAGAUCAUGACUUAUAUGAGAGCAAAUAUGUGAUCAGUGCCAUUCCCCCAGCUCUUGGUUUGAAGAUCCAUUUCAACCCAUCUUUGCCUCCGAUGAGAAAUCAGUUGAUCAACCGAAUCCCCAUGGGCUCAGUCAUCAAGUGCAUUGUGUACUACAAGGAAACUUUCUGGAGGAAAAAAGAUUAUUGUGGUACCAUGAUCAUCGAAGAUGAGGAUGCUGCAAUUGGCCUGACACUUGAUGAUACUAAGCCUGAUGGCAGCUUUCCUGCUAUAAUAGGCUUUAUUCUGGCUCGAAAGUGUAGAAGAUUGACGUACCUCACAAAAGAAGAAAGGAAGAAGCAGCUGUGUGAGCUCUAUGCAAGGGUUCUGGGAUCAGAGGACGCUUUACAUCCAGUGCAUUAUGAAGAGAAGAACUGGUGUGAAGAGCAGUAUUCUGGAGGGUGCUACACAGCAUACUUCCCACCAGGCGUAAUGACUCAAUAUGGAAGGAUUCUUCGGCAGCCCUUUGACAGGGUCUAUUUUGCUGGCACGGAGACAGCUACUGAAUGGAGCGGAUACAUGGAGGGGGCUGUACAAGCUGGAGAGAGAGCAGCCAGAGAGAUACUGUUUGCUAUGGGGAAAAUCCCAGACAGUGAAAUUUGGAAGCCAGAGCCUGAAUCAACGGAUGUGCCAGCUCUGCCCAUCACUACAACCUUUUGGGAGAGGAACUUGCCAUCUAUACCGGGACUGAUAAAGCUGAUUGGAUUUUCCACUUUCUUCACCUCUUUGGCAGCCGCGGGGCUAUUUGCCUACAAAAAAGGACUUCUGGUUCGAAACUGAAAAAAAGGUGCCAAACAAAGCCUCACACUUUGUGUUUUCUUUUUUUAGAGAGUUUU